AUGAGCCCAAAUAAGGGCGACAAGUUCGCGAACUCCGUCUUACGCGCUGCGGCAGCAUCGAUGGCGAGGCGCAGCAAAACGCAACGUGCCGCGCAGACACCGCCAGCUGGGUCAAGCGACCACAGCAGCGAAGAAAUGCGGCCGGAGCUUGAUCUGAUGAUGGAGCAACAGGCGGCAAUGGUGUCAAGGCUCGAAGAGCUAGAGCAAAGAAGGCUCGAGCUGCCACGAAUAGCAGGUAACACGUUCGAGCCAGUCGACACGACGAGGUCAAGAGCAACUGUCCCGGUGUUAAGACCAACGGCAACGUUCCGAUCACCGUCCAUGCGGAUGACGCACGUACGUCCUAUGGAGGUCGAUGACCUACACGACAUGUUAGGUACGGAGUCCCGAGUACGCGACGCGAGCGUAAGAACAGAACGUCGAGCGCUGCGACAAUAG